AUGGUUAAGGGUACACGCAAUGCUCAGUUGGCAGAAGCAGUGUCCAUGCUGAAGGGAGAAACCGUGCACCUGCAUGAAGAACAAGACCAACAAAAACAUAUGCUGGAAGCAGUGUUACAACAACUAAAUAAUUUGGCAGCUUCAUAUGAACAGUUAGCAGCAAUAGCAGGUAAUCCACCAAAAGGAACUCAGUUAAUGGAUUCAGGACCUAUUGGUGGGUGGGAAGAGUUUGUUUCUACACUUAAAGUGCGUUUUGGACCCUUAACAUAUGAGGACCCAGAAGGGCUGUUCACUAAGUUGAAACAAACUGCUACUGUUGAAGAAUAUCAAACUGAAUUUGAGUACCUAUCUAAUAAAAUCAGUGGAUUAUUGAAGGAAUUUCGUAUUAGCACUUUUAUAAGUGGGUUAAGGAAUGAUUUGAAGAUAAUGGUGACCAUGCUUAAGCCUAACACAAUUUCAACUGCUUUUGGGUUAGCAAAAUUGCAGGGGGAAGAGGUGGCUAGAAGAAAAGGAGGAACCAGCAGAAACCAAAGUCCAACCCAAACCACUUUUCCCUAUAUGCCAAAAUUACCUGCACCUGCACCACUAAUGAGAUUACCAUCACCACCACCUAGACCUGAAAAUAGAAAUAACCCCACUACCUACAACCCAAACCAAAAACCCACAUUUCCCAUAAAAAGAAUCUCGCAUUCCCAAAUGCAAGAAGGAAGAGAGAAGGGGCUUUGUUACUAUUGUGAUGAAAAAUUCAAUUUUAAUUACAAGUGUAGCAGGCCUAGGAUUUUUCUGUUGGAAGCAUUAGAAGAUGAAGAAGAGGAGGAAGCUGAAACUAGUGAAGGAAAGUUGGCCUUAAUUCAAUUAGAUAAACAUGCUAAGGAAGAAAAUGAGUUAGGGGAGUUGCUAGGCAUUUCACUACAUGCCAUGGCAGGUACUCUAUCACCUAAGACCAUGAGGGUUGAAGGUUUUAUUAAUCAUCAAAAUGUUUUAAUUCUUGUUGACACAGGAAGCAUGCAUAGUUUUGUGGAUCCAUAUGUAGCAAGGAGAUCAAAGCUGCAAGUAGAAGAGAGCCAGUUGAUAGUCAAAGUGGCUAAUGGAGAUAGCUUUCCUUGUCAAGGUUACUGUAGGGCAGUUCCUAUCCAACUACAGAAUUUAAGAGUUAAAACUAAUCUUUGUUUAUUGACUUUGGGAGGUUGUGAUGUGGUGUUAGGAGUCAAUUGGCUAAGAGGUCUCGGGUUCAUCUUGUGGAAUUUUACUGACUUAACUAUGCAGUUUAAUUUUAGGGGAAAUGAAUGUAAAUUGUUGGGGCUGCAACCACCCCGAGAAUCUUUAGAAGAAGAGGAACAUGUUCCUAAAUUAAAAAAGGGGGUUGUUAAAGGAGUUUGGCUGUAUUUAAUUGGAAGGGAAGUGAGGACAACAGAAGAAGUCAGUAUACCAGCAGUGUCAAAAAUAGUGAAGGAUUUUGAAGCUGUGUUUUCAGAACCACAUGGUCUACCUCCACCUCGGAGUCAUGACCAUAAAAUUGUUUUGCAGGAAGACUUAAAAUCAACAUGUGUUUGGAUUUACAUAUAUCCAUAUUACCAAAAAGCAAAAAUUGAAAGACUAGUGACGAAGAUGUUGAGAAGUGGAAUUAUAAGAGGGAGUCAAAGUCCCUAUUCAUCCCCGGUGCUGCUGGUUAGGAAGGUGGAUAGGAGUUGGCGAAUGUGUGUGGACUACCGUGCUCUCAAUAAAGAUACGAUAAAAGAUAAGUACCAUAUCCCUAACAUUGAUGAGCUAUUGGAUGAAUUUUAUGGGGCUGAAAUUUUUUCUAAAUUGGACUUGCGUUCUGGUUACCAUCAAAUCAGAAUGCACGAAGGAGAUAUAUCCAAAACAACCUUUAGGACCCAUGAGGGUUACUAUGAGUUUUUGCAAUCAUUGGAAGACCAUUUACAACAUUUGCAGAUUGUAUUGGAUACAUUAAGAUCUCAUCAGUUGUUUGCAAAACAGUCAAAGUUUGUAUUUGGCUGUAGUAAGGUGGAAUAUCUUGGUCAUUUAAUCUCUAAAGAUGGUGUUAAAGCCGACCCCCACAAUAUUACAGCAAUGCAGAGUUGGCCACUGCUUAGAAAUUUGAAGGCUUUAAGGGGAUUUUUAGGUCUCACGGGGUAUUACAGGAAGUUUGUGUAA